AUGUGUUACAGAAAAGUCACAAAAUAUAUAUGUUUACGUAUGAAGAAAUAUAUCUAUGUACAAUGUCGAGACUUCAAAUUAUUAUAUCACAUCGCGAUGUUUAAUUCGCUGAAAUACAGAUUUGCGUUAAGAAUUGUCCUCCUUGCCGUUUUUCUUUCAUUUUAAAAAAAAGUGGGGGACAUCUGGUGUCGUGUCACUCGUCGUGUCGUGCUCGUCAUCGGUUGCGUCGGAUGCAUUGCGCGUUUGUUGUGUGUGUCAACCGUAUUCAAGUUAUUCAAGAUGGCAAGUAUGCUGGAGACGAUCGUAACUCAAGCGAGUGAAAAUGUAACGGACAUAAAAAAUGUGACGAGUACAAAAGAACACUUAACUCGCGAGGGAAUGGCGAUCGCGUAUGGGAGUCUUAUCAUCAUGGCUAUCCUGCCGAUUUUUUUCGGCAGCUACCGCGCCGUCAAGCACCAUAAGGAGCAGCAGCAACAGUAUAAAGAGAGCGGGGAACAGCCUGAAACAAUGUCUCGCAAAGAAGCUGCUAUGUUUCCCUUUAUUUCCAGUUUUACAUUAGUGGGUUUAUAUAUAGUAUAUAAGGUAUUUGCAAAGGAAUAUGUUAACUUGAUAUUGGCUGCAUAUUUUUUCUUCCUUGGUAUUCUAGCUCUGUGUCAUCUCACCAGCCCAUUGAUCUCAUCUUUGGUACCAGCUGCGAUUCCAAAGACACAGUAUCACAUUUUAUUUACAAGAGGAAAGGACGAUAAGGAGGAGGAUAUCAUUAAUUAUAAAUUUAAUCUACAUGACAUUGUCUGCCUUAUAUGCUGCUCAUUUGUAGGAGCUUGGUAUCUCAUGAAAAAACAUUGGAUAGCUAACAAUUUAUUUGGGAUAGCAUUUGCUAUUAAUGGCGUUGAGUUAUUGCAUCUCAACAAUGUUGUGACCGGAUGCAUCUUGCUCUGUGGUCUUCUGUUUUACGACGCCUUCUGGGUGUUUGGUACAGAUGUAAUGGUGACAGUCGCAAAAUCCUUUGAAGUACCUAUCAAACUCGUCUUUCCGCAAGAUCUUUUAGAGAAAGGCUUUGAGAACGCCGGUAAUUUUGCCAUGUUGGGAUUGGGCGAUAUCGUGUUGCCCGGUAUCUUCAUAGCUUUGCUGUUACGAUUCGAUAACAGUCUGAGCAGGAAGACGAACAUCUAUUUCUAUUCAACGUUCUUCGCGUACUUUAUGGGACUGCUGAUUACUAUGAUGAUUAUGAACUUAUUUAACCACGCACAACCUGCUUUGCUCUAUUUAGUUCCUGCGUGUUUAGGCACUCCACUGCUCUUGGCAUUAUUCAAGGGAGAUCUUAAAGCGUUAUUCUCGUAUGAGGAUCAUCCGUCUCAACCCGCGGCGCAACAAUCGGAGCAAGCACGAGUAGAAAAUAAGAAGGAUAAAUAGUAUUCUUAUUUAACGCGACGAAUGCGAUGAAGAACAAUUCUUAUUACAACUGUCUUUCGAGUUUAUCUUGCGAAACAAAAAAAAAG